AUAAAAUAUUGACAUCAUUUUAACAUACCUUAAAACUAUCAAUAUUUAUUGAAUAGUGAAAUGACACAAUCGCCAAAGAAAUACGUGUCUACAUACACAAGUUCUACAACUAAUAGAGGUGUGGAAGCUAAAGAGGUAGAGAUAGGCAACAUACAACUGGAUACUUCGUCUCAGUACCAGGAGAGUACGGAUGUGGAGAUACGCUCACAGGCGUCAGCGGACACCGGUUCAUACCUACAAGUCGUCGUCCAAAAGCACAAGAAAAAAGAACCAACGGUCGCCGCAACACAGACGUCCCCUAGACUACCCAUCGCUUCCAGCCCAAUAAAAACCAUCAGGAAUGGCUCAGGAGACCAUCCUUUAUACGUCCUGCCCCAUCAUAUGUUAGUUUAUAAUACCCUGAACCAUGAAAAACCCGAGAAAAAGAAAUUACCAACUAUUAAAGAGCCUAGGCGUUCAUUUUGGUCGAAAUUUAUAGAAAAUACUAAAGACACAUCACCAGAUAAAGUAGAUUUAUACUAUUUUGAAAAAAGUACAGGUGAUUAUUUAGCUACGUCGGGAAAUUAUACUUAUACGGAAAGAUUUGCCGUGCAAAUGUCUAGGAUACCUAAUAGAAUUGUUGCAGAGAUAUUUUCUAUACCUCAAAUCAUUGUUAAUAUACCUGUAGCUAUAUUAUUAAAUUUAGAACGAGCCGUUUUUACGACGCUUAGAAAUAUAAUCGUAGGCAGCGUUCAGAUAUGGUCGGAUAAUUUCGUAAAGCCAAUUUUGGCGUUACUUUUUAACUCAAUUAUACAGCCACCUUUAGUUUUAGCUGGUAAUGUUGGGAGAAGUGUAAGGGAUGCUUUAAAACCUUUGGCAGAGAUGGUUGGGGACUUUUUAGAGCCGGCAGUGAAAGUGUUAAGUGCUAUAAGACUAGUGAAUAUUGAGAAGAAAUGUGCUCAUAAUGUGUAGAUAGUUAGAAAC